AUGACGGCCACGGAGGCGCACAACCUCACCCAGCAGUGCGACUGGCUCCGCGAGGAGAACCGAACUGAGCCGCGCGUAACCGGGAGGCUGGACGCUGCCGGCUGCUUCUUUCUCUACAUCAUGCCCAAUGGACAGGCAGUUCCAGCGCUCAUAUGCAUUUUUGUGUUGCUGACUCUCGUCUCAUUUCUGAUUAACGGGCUCACUCUGUUCGGGCUCGGACGGUCCGAGGACCUCUCCUGGGAGCCGCGAUUUGCUUUCCUUAAAAAUCUGAUUUUGAGCGACCUCGUGCAGACUGUCACCUUCAGCCCGGCGGUCAUCCACUCAUUAGUCCAACGUCGGACGAUGGAGUUCAACACCUGGUGUCACCUCCAGUACUUUGCGGGGAGCGCCAGCAUUUUUGCCAGCCUUGUCACCAUCACCUGCAUGGCGCUGGAGCGCUACCUGUACGUGUGCCACGCCAUCCACUAUUUGGUCAUCCUCACUCAGGUGCGUCUGCGGAUAACCCUGGGCCUUAUUUGGGUCUACUCCAUCUCCAUCGGCACCAUCAACAUGGUGUUGCUGCACAUGGGCACGGGGGAAAAGAAUGAACAAGUCACCAAGGGGCUUCUGUGCGAGCCGGACAUCGUGGAGCAGCACAUGGGGUUCCCCCGUGCCGCAGCCGUUUUUCGCAAACUCGUGGGCUCGUUUACUCUGUUGCUGUGCCUGCUGGUCUACGCGUUCUCCUACGUGAGGAUGUACCAGGAUGCGCGCAACGCAGUGAUACCGUUCAACGCGGUCAACACCACAGCGCGCAAGACUGUGCUGUUUUACUGCGGCAUGCUGUUCCUGCAGCUGCUGCCGCUGCUGCUUAAAGUCACCUCGGACGCGCUGUGGGAGUUUGAGGGGACCGUGGCCAUGAUGGCACUGUCCACUCCGUCUCAGGACGUCAGCAUGACUAAGACGACUCCCUCGGCCACAGCGGUUGUGCUCCACAUGUCCCUGCUGAUAAUGCUUGUAGUGCCACCGUGCAUUAACCCGCUGGUGUACGGGCUGAGGAACGCGGAGGUGAGGCAGGCGCUGAUAAGCCUGUUCAGGUGGUGGCUCGAGAAGAGGGGCACGGGUGCGCGCGGAGUCGAGAUGAUAAGAGUCAGAGACAUUGUGCAUCAAAACCGAGCUCAGGCAGGGUAG